GGCAGUCGCUCCUCACAGUCCAAUGUAGGCUGGCGUUCCCUCCGGCCCUCCGCCCUAUACGCGGGCACUCACCAUACAGUCCAACACAUAGUUGAAGAGCUGGGAAUACUUCUUAUGGCUCUGGACUUUGUGACCGUCAUAUUGACGCAGAGUAAAGGCCGCCUUCGACCGACUGAGAAACACUACUGGAGCGUUUCACGGUGGCACUCAGGGCUGGAGGCGACAGCCUUGCAGUCACCAGCCAGCCACUCUAGGGUUAUUGUGCUUCAGAGUCACUUGUGUGUUUAGUACUGCUCGGUGCGGGCAGUAAAUGAUGGCUGUGUUGGUAGCGAGAAGGUAGCAAAAGUGUCAGAUUAUAGUGCCUGUUGUUUAUACUUGGCCGGUUUGAUUUGUCUUCGUUGAUGCAAGUUCAGUCGUGGUGGUGAGUGACGACCACUGGCUAGCAGGUAAUUUACUGUGAUCCACAAGUGCCGCAACCUACCGUAAAGCUUUGCUGCUGUAUAACUGCAAGUGAUAACUUCACCCCUCCAUCUCUUCCUGCUGCUUAUGGCAACAUGUGUUCCUCCAUCAACACCUCCCGCCUCGUGCUGCUCAUCACCCAAAACACUAAACAGUCGUUCAGACACCGCGUUAUCACCGGAGCAUCUCGCUACCGACACUUGCCCACAGGAAAGAAAAGAGACGCUUAUCAGGCGCUCUGCCAAAGAUCUUCUCCCCGGCAUGUGUUCUCCGGAAGAAGCAGUGUCUCGGACUCCCAUUCUGCAGGACUUGACGCUUGGCGACGAAGACGAUGACAACGUGGACGUCAUCUCGGAUGUGGCUGCCGAGCUACUUGCUGACACCAUAGACUCAAUCAUCGAACUGUCCAACUCCCUGGCGAAGCUCAUCAUCUUUGAGGAGGACGACGGGAGGCCGUGUAUCUGUACCAAAAUAGUAAUGGACAAAGAUGGCACAUUAGACAUAAGCUUUGAUGAGUGGAGAGACUACCUGCUGUUCCAUCCAUCAGCAAAUCUUCAUGAUAUUAUCUUGUACUGGAGACAUGCCACAAACCUUGAUGUUGGUGAGGAUCUGGCAGUACCAGAUGAUUUCUCUCUAGAGGAGUGGUUGUCUGGUAUGUGGUGGAGGCAUCUGGUGGCUGGAGGAGUUGCUGGCAUGGUGUCGAGAACUUGUACAGCACCACUGGACAGACUCAAGGUUUUCCUUCAGGUUCAUGGAGCUAAACAAUUUGAGAGCUUGGCCAAAUGCUUCAAGUACAUGUUGAAGGAAGGUGGUGUGCCAUCUCUCUGGCGAGGCAAUGGAAUCAAUGUAUUAAAGAUAGCACCAGAAUCAGCAUUAAAGUUUGCAGCAUACGAGCAAGCCAAAAGAAUGGUCCUUCAAUUUGGCGGAUGUAAAGAGAGAGAAUUAUCGAUAUAUGAAAGAUUUGUAGCCGGAUCUUUCGCAGGUGGAUUUUCACAGACUGCCAUUUAUCCCCUUGAGGUGUUAAAAACUAGAUUAGCCUUAAGAAAAACUGGCCAGUAUAGUAGCAUAUUUGAUGCAGCCAAGAAGAUCUAUAGACAAGAAGGCCUUAGAUCUUUUUAUCGUGGUUACAUCCCGAAUCUCCUGGGCAUUAUACCAUAUGCGGGCAUUGAUCUUGCAAUAUAUGAAACUCUGAAGAAAACAUAUGUGCAGCAUCACAAAGAUAAUACUAAUCCAUCUGUGUUUGUCAUAACGGCUUGUGGAGCAUUCUCGUCGUCGUGUGGCCAGCUUGCAUCUUAUCCCCUGGCUCUUGUUCGUACGAGGCUACAAGCACAAGUGAUAGCUCCAGGUAUGGUACACGACAUGCCGAUCACCAUGUCAGGGCUGUUUCGACACAUCUUUGCCACUGAAGGGGUGUUUGGGCUGUACAGAGGGAUUACACCCAACUUCAUGAAGGUUGCACCAGCUGUAAGCAUCUCCUACGUGGUAUAUGAGAAAUGUCGUCAAGCGCUGGGUGUGACUAUGACAUAAUGCAUCUGUUACUUCCAUUUUUAAGUAAGGUCUUGUAAAUUGGUCACGUUUAAAAAAAUUGCCGAUGGAUAUGUUUUGUUCUUCGCAUAUACAGGUACAUAAUAAAGAUAUGCGAUAAUUGUAAAAUGCCUAAAUGUAGAACUUGACUUGUGCAAUAUAUUACAUCGUGUUAAACAUUCUAAUCUCAUAAAUAUAUGUAAGGUUCCGUUGAUUUCUAUUAAAUGAUGAUUGUGCUUUGAGAA